GCACCCACUUGGUAUAAUGCCAUGGGGUAAUUAUUAUAUUGAUUCUACAGAAAAAGGAUUUCGUAAAAACCGUCGAGAAACCAGUCUUGGCGCAUUUGCAUAUUUAACAGAUGAAAUAAUUUUAGAGAUUUUUGGAUAUCUUAAUGUAAAAGAAUUAUUAAUUUUAGGCUUUACAAGCCAAGUAUUAUAUUGUUUUGCAUCUUUUGAAGAAUUAUGGAAACAGCUUACAAUUCGAAGGUUUAGUGGUGAUUGGUGGUGGUACGGUACCUGGAAGUUAACAUACUUAAAGCGAUCAGAUCCUAAAUAUGAUGUAGAUUCGUUCAUCAAACCCGCAGUAAACAUAACACAUUUUUACAGUGAUGUACUCUUUCAGCCAUUCCUGUAUAGUUCGACAGAAAUUGAUCAAUUCUUGGGAACAGAAACGAUCGAUCGUCGUUCAAAUUUAAACAUGGAAGAAUUUAACUCAAAUUAUGCAGCAAAAAAUAGACCAGUAAUUAUUACAGAUGUAGUAACGCAAUGGCCGGCAUUCCAAAAAUGGUCAAUGAAAUAUCUUGUAGAAAAAUAUGGUGAUGUUCCGUUUCGUGCAGAAGCUAUUGACAUAAAAUUAAAAAACUAUGUACAGUACAGUAUGAACACAUUAGAUGAAAGCCCAUUAUAUCUGUUUGAUAAAAAAUUUGGCGAAAAAUGUAAUGGUAUUCUUGAAGAUUUUUUUGUGCCAGAAUAUUUUUGCCAAGACUUUUUUAAUAUUCUUGGACAGGACAGGCCAGAUUUUCG